AUGGCGAAGGUGAAGGAGAACCACACCGAGGAGCUGGAGUGGAGCAAGCGGCCGAAGACCAGGUUUCACGACUCCGUCAUCAACUCCUUGGCCAAGUCAGCCCGCGAGCUGGCCAGGUUCACUGGCGACAAGGACUGCUCGUCAUUGUCAGAGCAGGCUGGCAUGACAAUUUCAUUGCUGGGUCAGCGGCGCUCACUGUUCGAGGAGAUCAAGAACUCGACCGCCGCGAUCGCCCAGAGGACGACGACGAGCGCAGAGCACCAGGUCAUGCUCGGCUGCGCGGUGCGGCUGCGGGCGCAGAUCGUCCAGCAGGCGUCUUUUUCGCUUGCGGGUACCCACCCACCGCUGAUGCUGCAGCUGGCCGUCUGCCCUCGAAUCGAGAUGCCCGAUCAGGACUCAAACCCGCACACGUGGCCUCGCAUCGACAAGUUGUGCCUCGGGCUGUUGCUGGAGAACGUUCCUUCAGGGGAGGAGCUCGCCGCGGCUGCAUCGUUGGCAGUGCGAACUCAGACGGCCAUCGUGAGCGACAUGAUCGAGCGGAUUGUCCUCGAGAGCCCGUCGGAGCAGAAGUCCUUGGAGAUGAUUGCCGAGAUCAAGGCCGCCCUGGGCGAGGACUUCACCCCUUUCGACUUUGAUGUGACAGGAACUGGCGAUGCUGAGCCCGAGCCCCACGCCAAGUGCGGCCUCUUCGAGCAAUCCUACGUGGACAUCUCCGUGCUCAUCGUUAUCGGCGACGCCAUCGUCUGCAUGAGCGCAGGGGCUACUGUCGCUGGCGAGCUGCGCAAGCAAGCCAAGAAGAUGCUGUCUGUCGUGUCAUCAAUUUCGACUCGCGUCCGCAACCUUGCCUCAGCUACAGUGAAGGGGGGCAUCAACAACAACAUUUUCAAACGUGGAUGGGCGCAGCUAUCCGAGAUGUUCCCGAAUGAUACAGGCUUGGACUCGUCGCAGGACGCCGCGGACGCAGCCGCCAAGUUCAAGACAGUCAUGGUUCAGAAGGUUGAAGAGGCGGCGGCGGCCGUAGGGGACUCGGCGGACAUCGCGUACAACGUUGUGGUGGACUUGUGUGGCGAUUACGAAGUGGCCAUCACUGAGAAAUUCUGUUCCUUGUGCAUCGUCAAUGCCGACCCCAGCGACUUCGAUGAGCUAGCGUACUCCGACUACCAGUCGAUGGCAACCAAGGUCGUCAAGUUCCUGUGCACCACCUUGAUGGGCCAGUUCACCGUAGAGGAUCUCCAGGGUAAGCUGUCAUCUGCGAUGCACGCCGAGGCUUCGGAUGACAUGUUGCAUGAUGUCUAUUGGGUCGGGCACAUCUUCGAACAUCUGCUCAACUUUGCACCGAAGUGGACCCGCCUCCACGUUGCCAAGGAGAAGGUCCUUAUGGCGAACGCUGCAAUGGAGCUGGUGGACACCUGCAAGAUCGACGCUUCGUGUGCGACGGGGCUCCGCGAGUGGACCACACUCUACGGGCUGGACCAGCAGUUGCUGGUGACGUUGCAGGGCGCCGCCGACGGCGCGCCCAACGAGCUCUUCGAGGCAGAGUUCGUGGAUUUCCUUCGGUGCUUGACGGACGCCUGGUCUACCGUGCAGGUUGCAACCCCUCUUGCAUCGUUCGUUCAGCGCGUGGUGCACUCAGCCCACCUCUCAGACACCUUCCUCUCCGUCGCAAAGGAGUUCGACGCAAAGCUGCCCGAUGACGUCAAGCUGACCCUGACCUCGGCUCGCUCCAUGAAGGCUUUGGAGAGGGCUUUCAACUCAAGCAGGGAUGGGAGGCCGUGCGGCCUCAUCGAGCUGACGGGCAUCCUCACCGACUGCACCGCAUGCACCAAUGCGGUCCGUGACAUCGGGACCUUCGCGAAGCAGGAGAAAGACAUGGUGAGGCUUUGGAAGGUCUUGCUGCGCGACGUCGUCACGCCCGACAUGGCCGCCGAGGUGAAGGAUUUUCUGAGCAAGUACGGUGUCGACACCUUGGCGCCAGCCUUGGACUCGUGGACUUUCACUAAAGAGCUUGCCUUCAUCACCGAGGACAAGGCUGAUGUGCAGUGGGAUGCGAAGAUCAAGCGCCUGGAGAAAUACAUCAACGCAUCGCCGACCAAUGAGCGCAUCAUUGAGUUCCUGGGCGCUAACAUGACAGCGCUUCACUGGGCUUCAGAUGCUGAGAAGGAUGAGAUCCGCUCCUUGACCAAGGGCGCAGCGCAUCGCACGGCUGAGUGUGUACAGGUAGGCGUGGCCGUGUCUUGCCUCACGCUGGCCAACUGCAUAUGCGCCGCGCCUGAGAGCUCUCGCCAGCGCGCCCUUGACAUGUCAGUGCAAAUGAUUUUCAAACGCUUUGCUACCAAGCUCGAGGCCCUCCCGAAGAGCCUGCAGACCAAAGUCUCAGACACGCUCGGUGGUCAGGUCUCGGCGGGGCCCUCCAAAGGUUCAAAGCUCGGUGCUGAGUCUGAUGUGAUUAUCGUUGCAGGGUCGACCGAUCAGUCUACUGCAGCCUCUGCCGCAAAGCCUUCCAAGAGGAAGGUUCCCAAGAAAAGGGUUGUGGACUAG